CGAGAAGUUCGUAGCCUUUUGUCAGGCCCGGGAUGGGAGAGCCCCCAGAGGGAAGAAGCUCUUCGAGGCUCCGUUGAUGCCUAAUUGUGCGAACCAGAGACGAGUGGAAGCUUGGGGGAAUUGAAGAGGUGGUGAUCAUGGAGAUGGAUUUGGUUGAAGUGCCCCAGAAAAGAGGUAGAGUUGCUCAUGGAUUGGUUCUGCACAGUGGAAAAAAAAAGAAAGAAAGUUGAAUUCUUCCCUUUGAAGGGAGAGCCAACCUUUGCCUCGAGUUAGGUGGCGACUUGUCAACACUGUCUUGAGGAUUCGUGGGCUCUGAGAAGCUGCUGCAGUUGGUGUGAGGGUCAGUCCCCAUCCACUUAAUGGGUGCACAAUGGAAUGCACUGGGGGAAGUGGGGACAUUACCAAACUUUAGGCACAAGUUCUUCAAAAUUAUUGUCCCAUCCUGGUUUCCAUCAUGGAUACAAAAAUUCAGCUUUGUAAUUGACAAAAAAUAUUUUUCCACACCCAUUAUCCCACUUUAUCCACACAGUUAACCGUAUGGUCUCACAGAUAACUCAGAAUGUGUUUGACAGGCACAGAAGUGUGGGGCCGACAUCAACACUACUAGACCAGUAUAUCUUGAACUUUAGUCUAUGACCUGUGCCAGAAUUCCCUUCAAGGGUGCUUGUCGAAUUUCGAGAUGUCACCUCAAACUCAACCAAUCAUAAUUUAGAGAUGAGAUUUAGCAGUCUCCAUCUUAAGUAAACUUUAAGAGAUUUUUUUUUUUUAAAAAAAAAAAGCAUUGAGUCUGCUUCGAAGAUUUUAAGUAGAGUAUGAUGGGAAUUUACUUAUUCUAGUUUGUAGUCCAGAGAGUUCUGGUUUCUGGGAUGUAUAGAGCAACUGAAUAUAAGCCCAGAGAAGCCAAGUCCUUGGGCAUACUCCACCGUACUGCAAAGUAGCAGUUUGGUUUAGAUUCCCUGCAGUCUUUGUUAGCAGGGAGGGUAUGUGGUGUGGUGAAUGGGGAUCUUAGGUUGUAGUCUGAGUAGCGAGAUGGGUCUCGACCCUGUCACUGCUGCCUGCUUGCCCUUAGCUCUGUCUUCCCAGAACUCCCUCCUUUCCCACGAGAAGAGUGCAGAAGGAGAAGUGGCCGCUCUGAGACUCACAGCCAAGUCCCAGAGCCCAUCAGGAGACCUGAGUUCUAAUUCCAAGAGACUAAUGGACUCGGAAACCAUGACAUUCAAGGAUGUGGCCAUGGACUUUACACCAGAGGAGUGGGGGAAACUGGAUCCUGCCCACAGGGACGUGAUGCUGGAGAACUACAGGAACCUGGUCUCACUUUGGCUUCCCGUUUCCAAGCCUGAUAACUAUAAUUUGGAUGAUGGAAAAGAACUAUUGAAGCUUGAGAAAAACCCUCCCAAAGGCAGUCGCUCAGAUGUGGAAAUUAAACCUGAGAGCAAGGAUUCAACUUCAGUGCAAGAGUUUUCCACAGAAGAAUCAAACCAGGUUACAAGAGCAGAAAAGCAGACAGGAAAUCCUGUUUCUGACUGCACCUUGGAAACAGCUCAUGCUGGAGAGCACUGGGUAGAGCGUCAGCAAGGAAGGCAGGAAAAGCACUUACGACAAAUGUUCACUCCCCUGAACUCACUCCCUGUGAAGAAGCAUCGCGAACAGGAUGUCUAUUGGGAAAGUGACAGUCAGAAGGCCGAGGAGAGAGUUCCCAAAGGGUCCUAUGACUUCCAGACACUUGGGAAAAGACUGAUGCAGAAAUCAGGCUUAAUGAAAAAACAGAGAGUUCCUAAGGAGAAAAAGCCCCAUAAGUGCGGUGACUGUGGUGAGCUUUUCACGUACCACUCCGUCCUCAUUCGACACCAGCGCGUUCACACUGGGGAGAAACCCUACACCUGCAGUGAAUGUGCCAAGUCCUUUAGCCACAGAGCCAAUCUAACGAAGCACCAGAGAACUCACACCAGAAUUCUCUUCGAGUGCCGUGAAUGCAAGAAAACCUUCCUGGAAAGCUCAUCCCUCGCGGUCCAUCAGCGAGUUCACGUUGGAGAGAGGCCGUACGAGUGCAGCGAGUGCAGGAAAGGUUUUAACCGGAGCACGCACCUCGCCCAGCAUCAGCUGAUUCACACUGGGGUGAAGCCCUACGAAUGUAACGAAUGCGAUAAAGCUUUCAUUCAUUCGUCAGCUCUCAUCAAACAUCAAAGAACUCAUACUGGAGAGAAGCCCUAUAAGUGUCAAGAGUGUGGGAAAACCUUUAGUCAUUGCUCCUCCCUUACGAAGCACCAGAGAGUUCACACCGGAGAAAAGCCCUACGAGUGUAGCGAGUGUGGGAAAACCUUCAGUCAGAGCACGCACCUCGUUCAGCACCAGAGAAUUCACACUGGGGAGAAGCCCUAUGAAUGUCAUGAGUGUGGGAAAACCUUUAGCCGGAGCUCAAAUUUUGCCAAGCAUCAAAGAAUUCAUGUUGGAAAGAAGCCCUACAAGUGUGGAGAUUGCGGGAAAGCCUUCAUUCAUUCGUCAGCUCUCAUUCAGCACCAGAGAACUCACACUGGAGAGAGACCUUUUAGAUGUAACGAAUGUGGGAAGAGCUUUAAGUGCAGUUCAUCCCUCAUCCGACAUCAAAGAGUUCACACUGAAGAGCAACCCUGAAAACUUACUGACUGUUAAGAAAUGUAAGCUGGCUUUAUCACUGUGUUUAAUAUUUGAAUAUUAAGUGGAAGGUCCAUCAUAGGACCCUUGGGAGCGUUUGUAUAUGUAAGUGAUUUCACUCAUCCAAUGUAUAAAUUUGAACAACAGAUAAUGAAAACCUCUGGAUCUAGGUCUCAAAAUUUUUUAUUCCCAGUUUUCCAAAUACCCAAUAUUUAAAAAAUUCUGGCUAUAGAUCUCAAAUGUUUUAUUUCCAAAAUUUCAAAUACCCUGUUCUUUUUUGAUUCAAGAAAUGUUUGGGAGACAGUACUGAUGUGGUUUUUAGUAAGAGCAGGGCCUGCUGGAGCCUUUCAUUUAGUGAGGAAAUCUUAUUUUGUAGGUUAGGCUUGAGACUUAACAGCCUUAUCCUUGGGAAGACACAGUCAUUGCUCUGAACUCAGAGAGACACAUGCUAUCAUUUUCUUAGAGAGUAAUUUCUGUGUUAGAAAGGAAAGGUGAAGAAAGUUGCUUAGGAUUCCACCCUUUACAAAGUGCUGUCUAAUUUGAUGAACAUAACUAAAAUGUAUUUGUAAUCGGUUCUAAGUUAGGUUUACAUGAAGAACAUUGGUCAUUGAUUCUCAUGAAUCACACUGUUAUCCCUUUGUUUUGAAGAUUCAUUUUCUAGUUCCCUUAGAGGUACCCUAAAUUACUUAAUGGAUCAGAGCCUUCACUUUUGUUUGCCAGGGUCCUCUCUGCCCAUCUUGGGUACGGAUGGAGCACUUGGUUUUUAUAAUCAGAUCAUCAGGGAGAGUUCAUUCCUCUGCAUUAUUUAGCUUUCUGUGAACUAUGCUCUGUCACUCUCAGAAAACUCCCUAAGUGUAUUGUAAUUUGAAAAUAUCUGAAAAGUCGAUAGGGGUCAAUGCAUUAUUUUAUUUGGGGUCCCAGUCAAGAAGAGAGCUGAAGGAACUGUGAGGCACCAUGGCAUACUUUCCUGUCAAGUAUGGGAAAAGCUCACAGGACAAGCCUGAAGUGACUUACCUGAAAAUAAACAUCUUUCUUCCUUCCAUUUAUCUGGA